AUGUCUGGUGAACGAGAAUCACUAUCAAUCGAAGAAAGAGUUGCAAAUCAAUCAGAUUUAGAUACAUUAACAUGUUCGAUAUGUUUAUCGUUGAUCACCGCACCCGUCAAGCAAUGUGUGUCUGGUCAUCUUGGUUGUGAAGCUUGUUUGGAUCAUGUGGCAAAGACAACAGGAACUUGUCCUCAAUGUAGAACACCUAUUUUAAAUGGAGGGCUAUCAAGAUCACUAGUUGCUGCUCAUAUGUUAGCAUCUAUAAAGAUUCAUUGUGAAAAUCAAUUUAGAUAUAGUAAUGAACAAAAGAAAUGGGUAAAAGAUGCAAGAGGAUGUCAAGAGAUUGUAACCGUUGAAACUUCAAAUGAUCACAAGUUGAUUUGUAAAUAUAAUCUUUUAAAAUGUCCACAUCAAGGAUGUAAUGUAGAAGUAUUAAAAGAUGAUAUGACUAGUCAUCUUGUACAAUGUAAAUACCAAUCAAGAGAAAAGAUAUCAUGUCCAUUUGGUACUGAUAUCUGUAAAUUUAUUGGCACAAAAACAGAAAUCGAUCAACAUAUUCUAAAUCAACUAUCGGAUCAUUUACAAGUCAACAAUCAAAGAAUAGAUGAUAAAUUCAAUUCACUUCAACAAGAAUUUACCAAAUCAAUAGAAUCAAUCAAGGAAUCAUACAAUCAACAAUCGGAUUCUCUUGAAUCACAGAUGCAGUCACUAAAGCAAACAUUUCAAUCAAAAUUAGAUAGAUACAAAAAUUCGAUAAUGAUAGAUACGGAUGAAAAGUUUAGAAAAUACAAGGAUAAAACAAACGAAAUGAUUAAACAUACAACAGUUCAUUCGGAAUGGGUUAUUGAAAACUUUGGUGAAAAGUAUAAAUCAAAAGCUGACCAGGAUUCUGAUGAUUUUAAAAUGGGUGGAUUCGAUUGGUACAUUUCUUCAUAUAUGGAUAGUGAAGAUGAUGAUACUGGCCAGUUAGGAUUCUAUGUUUUUUUGCACAACAAUCCUGGAAAAUUGGUAAAGAUGUGUUUUACUUUGGAAGUGGUUUUCUCUCGCUCACAAAGAUACUCUCAACGGGUUACAGGUUUUUAUAACUACCAAGGUAUUGGUAAGGGGUAUGAUAUAGACCCAAAACCCUAUUUAAAAGGACUACAAGACAAUGAUUCUGUCACCGUUCGAUUCAAAGGUUUUGUCGCAUCGAUAAAUGAUGACCCACGUAAAAAAUGA